UGGGCGCGUGCGUUGCAGGGUCUGGCUGCCGGCGGGCCGCAGGUCUACAGACGUUCGCGGGCGGCUGCGCGCUGUCACUCCUCGCCUUAAAUGUCCUGUUGCUGCUCACACUUCAGGUGGUCCGUGUGAUGUUAGUGACCCGUUGACAAGGCAUCAGAUGUGAGGCGCUAGCUACAAUGGAUGAAUACGACGAGUGGCUGAACUGCUCGUGGAAGGCGGGCUACAAGUCGAACUCGAGCGCGCCGGUCUGCCCGUGGCUGACGCAGUCGCGGCCGUACCAGCUGCACUGGGCGCUCAAACUCGCCUGGAGCCUGCUGUACGGCACUAUGCUACUCGUCGCUGCCGCCGGCAAUGCCACCGUCAUCUGGAUCGUGCUCGCACACCGGCGCAUGCGCACGGUGACCAACUACUUCCUGGUGAAUCUAAGCGUGGCCGACCUGCUGAUGGCGCUGCUCAACUGCGCCUUCAACUUCGCCUUCAUGCUCAACUCUGACUGGCCGUUCGGGGUCGUCUACUGCUCGGUCAACAACUUCGUUGCCAACGUGACCGUCUCCUCCAGCGCCUUCACGCUCGCUGCCAUAUCUCUCGACAGGUACAUGGCGAUCGUGAAGCCGCUGCAGCACCGCAUGACGCGGCGGAGGGCCCUGCUGGCGCUACUGGCAGUGUGGAUGGCCAGCGCCCUGCUAGCUGCUCCCUGUCUUGUCUUCUCCACCACCAACGUCCGCACGUACAACGUGGUGUUCCUGUGCGUGACGUACCUGGUGCCGGUGACGGCGAUGGCGGUGUGCUACGGGCUGAUGGGCAGGCAACUGUGGGGAGACCGCGCCAUCGGCGAGAGCACCGACCGCCAGCAGGAGGCCGUCCGCUCCAAGAGGAAGUUUCUGCUGCAUAUAUCAAAGCAGGACGACAACCUGUGCAAAAUAAAGGAAUAUUAG